CUAUUAGACUAAUCUUUACAUACGGGUUUCGCUUUGCACGUUCUCUGCCGCCAUAUUGUGCGACACUGCAGGAGGACUUCUCCCGUGAAACAUGUUAACAGCACGAUUUGCAGCAAAUUUGUCAAGGCAUAUCCCAAGACUUGCCACCCAGGUGAGCAAAAAUGCGUGGGCAGCCGGAUGUGUAGCUUCUAAAAACUUCUCAACAACACCUUGGAAAAAUGCUGCUGGUGGUGCAGCUGAAGUGUCUUCAAUCUUGGAGGAGAAAAUUCUGGGGGCCUCUUCCCAAUCAAAUCUGGAAGAAACAGGAAGAGUGCUGUCCAUUGGAGAUGGUAUUGCUCGUGUCUAUGGAUUGAAAAAUAUCCAAGCAGAAGAAAUGGUGGAAUUCUCCAGUGGAUUAAAGGGUAUGGCCUUGAACUUGGAGAGGGACAAUGUUGGUGUUGUCGUCUUUGGUAAUGACAAAUUGAUCAAGGAGGGAGAUGUAGUCAAAAGGACAGGCGCCAUUGUGGAUGUGCCAGUUGGAAGAGAAAUGCUCGGCCGUGUAGUUGAUGCUUUAGGGAACCCUAUUGACGGAAGGGGACCUGUCAACACUGAUGGACGUGCUCGUGUGGGAGUGAAAGCUCCUGGUAUCAUUCCACGUAUCUCUGUAAAGGAACCUAUGCAGACUGGAAUCAAGGCUGUAGAUAGUUUGGUACCAAUUGGCAGAGGACAGAGAGAAUUGAUCAUUGGUGACAGACAGACAGGAAAAACUGCCAUUGCCAUCGAUACUAUCAUCAACCAGAAACGUUUCAAUGAAUCUGACAACGAGAAGGCCAAACUGUACUGUAUCUAUGUUGCUAUUGGACAGAAGAGGUCAACAGUUGCACAGAUCGUGAAGAGAUUGACAGACGCUGAUGCCAUGAAGUACACCAUCAUUGUCAGUGCGACAGCUUCCGAUGCUGCUCCCCUGCAAUACUUGGCUCCAUACUCUGGUUGUGCUAUGGGAGAGUUUUUCAGAGACAAUGGCAUGCAUGCUCUCAUCAUUUAUGACGAUUUGUCCAAACAGGCUGUAGCUUAUCGUCAGAUGUCUCUUCUGCUCCGUCGUCCCCCAGGACGUGAAGCCUACCCUGGAGACGUUUUCUACCUCCACUCCCGUCUGUUGGAACGUGCCGCCAAGAUGAACGAUGACCACGGUGGUGGAUCCCUGACUGCUCUCCCAGUCAUUGAGACCCAAGCUGGUGAUGUGUCUGCUUACAUCCCAACCAAUGUCAUCUCCAUCACUGACGGACAGAUCUUCUUGGAAACUGAGUUGUUUUUCAAGGGUGUGCGACCCGCCAUUAACGUUGGAUUGUCUGUCAGUCGUGUAGGAUCUGCUGCUCAGACCAAAGCUAUGAAACAGGUGGCAGGUUCCAUGAAAUUGGAAUUGGCUCAGUACAGAGAAGUGGCAGCUUUCGCUCAGUUUGGAUCUGAUUUAGAUCAAGCUACACAGAACUUGUUGAACAGAGGUGUGCGUCUGACUGAGCUUCUAAAGCAGGGACAGUAUGUGCCAAUGGCCAUUGAGGAACAAGUAACAGUUAUAUAUGCUGGUGUCAAAGGUCAUCUAGAUAAAAUUGAUCCCUCCAGAAUCACACAGUUUGAGGCUGAAUUCCUUGACCAUGUCAAGGGACACCAACAGGAAAUGCUUACACAGAUUCGUAAAGAUGGACAAAUCACAGAGGCCACAGAUGCUAAAUUAAAAGAAGUAGUAACUACUUUCUUGGCUGGAUUUGAGUGAACAGAGUGUACAGUUAGACCUUUAGUGCUGAACUCUGUGAUACAUGGUUUUACAAGUAGUGUAUGCGUGUCUAGUAAUGACUCAAAGACCUUCAAACAUGUGAAAGUUGUUACGAUUUGAAUUUGAUUGCAUUAACACAUCCAACAAUUACAUUAAAAAAGAGAAUAUUUAUGAAAAAA